UGAUGUCGGAAAAUGGGGUUGGCCAGAGAUAUAUAGGUGUAAAAAAAUAAAUUUCAACCCUAAUUUGCAUUGUUCGGCGGUGUUAUAACAACUUCUUGUGAAGGGUUACGAGUCAAUUUUAGCGAAAAAUCCUGGACGAUUGCUCAUGACGUUUUACGACAACCAUUACGAGGCCUCAGUGCCUGACCUCCCUGUCUACGAAUUUGUUUUGGAUGAUAGUCCAACUUGUCAUCAAUCGCUGAAAUACUGGACUGAUCGGGCUGCUGAGGUGAGCCCAGCUCUUUCAAAACUCACUACCUCUGUGGAAUCAUACUUCAGUACUGGAAUGCAGCACAGUAAAGCAGCAGCUGGGUUUGGUAGUGCACUGGUAGAUGUUGCCAAGUCAGUAGAAAAUGAUAAAGACAUCAGUGAACCAAUAAUAAAGUUUGCAGACAUGCUGCAAAGAAUAGAAUGCUACAAGGAAAUGUUCCUGAGUCAAACACAGAUCCUGACUCUACAACCAUUAGCAGCUCUUACCAAGGAAUUUGAGAAAGCUAAGGACCUUCAGUCUCAAAUGCAAAAAGCCAGAGAUGCAUUGCACGUUGCUUGGGAAAAGUAUUCCAGCCUUGCACACCUCAGCAAUUUGCAAGAGCCCAGUGUAGUCGACCGCCUUGCUCAUGGUGUGCUACAUGCCAGACAUAACUACCAGCGAAUUCUGCUCAAGUAUGUGUCAACACUUAGAGAUAUUCACACUUUAAAGAAGGUGAUUAUUCUUCAAAAAGUUCUAGAGCACAUGCUUGCCCAGUUUUCUUUCUUCAAUUUUGCAUACCAGACAUUGAAAGAUGUAGAGCCAUAUAUGAAUGAUCUUUUCAAAGAACUGCAAAACACACAUGCCAGACUAGAGGAAAAUCUGCAAAAUGAUGAGGAUAUUCAGGCAGCAAGUGAGGCAGAUAUUCUCUCUCUAUAUCAGAAGGAUGCUCAGUCCUUUGCAGAGCCACAGACUACUGUUCUUGGGUCUGCAGCAUUGGGCCAUUCUGUCAACACUGUGAAUGCACAAGCAGGAAAAUUCUUCAACAGAAUUGGGGAUUUGAUUCAAGGAUCCAAGAAAUCUGGCAAGGAUCACCCACGUCAGGAUCAGGAGUGGGAGGUAGUUGAAAAACCUAAGCUAUCUUCAUCUCCACAAGUCACCAGAAAGGGUGAUGUGUCGUCAUCUUCAGAGGGAAAACCCCAACCUGAACGACCAUCUAGUCUGCCAUCCUCCCCUGCCAAGAAAAAGGAGAACUCCUCAACUAGUCCUGAAGGUACCGAUGAUGCUCAAGAUAAAGUCAUUAAAGUUGUACCAGAUGAUCUUCUCAGUCCAAGUUCUGAAGUCACACCACAGGACAACAAUGCAGAGCAAACACAAGGAGAUGGACCAAGAACUGUCAAAGUAUCAACAGGAGAAGGAACUCAAGUUACCUCUUCACAUGGAUGGGAGCAAUGUAAAAGAGGUUAUCUUAGGAUAAAACAGAAAGGCUUUCCCAAAUCAAGAUGGCCACUCCUGUACUUUAUUGUAGACCAAAAAGAUGGAAGGCUGUUGGCCCAAGGUCAAGAGCAGAUCAGUCCAUCAGUUAUGGAAAAUCUGAUUCUUUGUACAGUAAAGUUUUGUACUGCAGGAGAUGCUGACAGAAAUAACUGUUUUCAGCUCAUUUCUCCAAGUAGUGAAAGAAUAUUCCAGGCAGUAACAGAUCAAGAAGUACAAGAGUGGGUAACAGCCAUUCAGAAAGCAACUGCUGAUGCAUUAAGAAAUUCAAAAGCAAAAUUACAGUCUCUUGCCAGAUCACAAGUAGACAGAUCUAGCCAGUCAGCCAAUACGAAGAAAGUAUAUGCACUUGAUGCAUCACAGCGAAUAAGAAAAGUAGAUGGAAACUCAUACUGUGCAGACUGCUCAACACCAAGACCAGACUGGGCAAGUAUAAACCUUGGAAUCUUAGUUUGCAUCGAAUGUUCUGGAAUUCAUCGUAGCCUGGGAGUGCAAGUGUCUAAAGUAAGAUCACUGACGUUAGACAAAUGGGAGGAGCAAACUGUUAAGUUUAUGGAAGGAAUGGGUAACAGUAAAGUGAAUAGGAUAUCUGAAGGCAAGCUUGGAGAAUAUCAGAAACCCACAAGAGAUUGUGCAAAGGAGGAAAGGCAAAAUUUCAUUCGUUUGAAGUACAUUGACCGACAAUUUUCCAUUCCUGAGGACAGCUCAGAUAAGGAGAUUGUAGAAGUGAUGAAAAACAGACCACCAGGAGAAGGCGAAGAUGAACUUUUUAAUGAUUCUGCAGAGUUCCUUGACUUUCUACAAGAGAGAAGCCUUCAUGGAGCUAGCCCAGUCUGCCUUGUGGAAGACUGUAAGGAAUGUCCUCCAUCGUCUUGUAUCCAUAAAGGAAAGUUUGCCUCAUCUCAGCUGAUUGUCUCACCUGAAGAAGGAGAAGAAAGUGAAUGUUAGCACACAAUGAAAAUUAUGGACUAAUGUGAGAUACUGCUGCAAUAACUGUAAUGUUAUUUAAUAAUUUAAUUGUUCUGUGCCAAGAAAUGAAGGUGUAGUUGAAAUGUAAUAAUCAAAAUAAUGUGAAGGGUUUAUCACUCCAAUGAACUUAUUGUCAGUAAUGAUCAAUUCAAACCAGCUUAGUUUGAUGGUGUGACACAAGUGUCACACUAUGUCACACAAGGUACUUUGUACCACAAUGUUGGGUGAAAACUCAAGAAACAAAGGAGAUGGAUUGUAUUUAAUUAGUAACGGUUAACUUUAGCAACGUGACUCGCGUACCAAAUGUCGCUGUAUAAUGAAAACAAAUUUACUUCAUAAAAUUCUGUACAAUAGAGUCUGAUGUGCAGCAUGCAAAGUAUAGACUGUGAUUUCCCAUAACCUCUGUGAACUGCUUGACAAGCUCAACUUAGAAAUUAUUGGAAAAAGGAAUGCUGGAAGAAUCCUGUACAAAAAGGAUUGUCAAUUACUAUUUUAUCCUAUAAGCUAUCACAAUGAAUUCAGACAGAGGCAGAUGUUAACAUUAUUAAUUUGCUCAAAGUAAAGAAGGUUAUUUUUAAAAUAUAAAAACUGUGCAAAUUGUUUCAAGGGGUGAACAUGACUGUUGAUCAGAACUGAUAAUAUUGUUAUAAAUUAUUUAAGAUAGGUUUUUUUUUAAAAAAAGGUCUGUUCCAUGCUGAGAUCUUGGGUUUUGAUAAAAUGAAGCAUUAAAAUUAAUAGUGAUGGGUUACAAAAAUCCAGCAUAGACUAUCAAAAAAAUUGUCAUGAGCUGAGUAGGACAGUUGACUGCUACAACAUCCCUGAAGCACAUAGAUUUUAAUGCAAUUUUACUGGGAAAGUCAUUUCUCUUUUCCCUGCCUGGGUGCAACUUCUCAACCCAGCCAUUAUGAGAAUCAAUCCUAAAGAAACAGGGGUUUCAAUAACUUUUGCUAUAAACUGCUGCGAAUGGUGUGUAAUAAGGCCCCUUUACCUGUAAGGGUCAGGGGGCAUGCUCCCUCAGGGAAAAUUUUAAAUCUAGAAUAUCAGAAAUGCAAUUUCCAACAUCAAAAAGAGUGCUUGCUGGCUAAACAGACAGUAGUGAUUGGUCUUACAGACUGCUGGUAACCAGCCCCUAGAGAAACCCCUAUAGAAUCCAGAGAUACCUGGUAGUUGGAGUUUUAAUGGAGGUAUUAUUUAUUUUAAUAAAUUAAUUUGAUUGGGUACCAUGUCACCAUGCCUCAAUGGUGAUUGGCUUGAGUGAAGAAAAAAAAAGGAAAAAAAUCUUGUGACUAAGGUGGUUCAUGGAUGCUUUUUGGAGGAAAGGGAUUGACAUAUAACAAGUCUUCAAGAAUUUCUAGACAGCAGGGGCCUGUUCCUGCAAAGUCAUGGUAACUUUACAAUGUAAUAUUUCUAAAUUUAAUUCUAUGGAAUGAUAAUGCAAGUCUUAGCUCAUGCACCGGUCUUACCUGUUUCUUUUCCUGAUGUCUCUAUUGUUUGAAUUUGAAAGAAGUCAAAAUCUUGAUCUUCAAUGAAACACACCAAACAAAAGUGGCUUUUUGGGCCUGCAUUUUAAGUCAGUUUGUCUUUUAAGAAAGACACACCAGGAUUGACAUGCAGUGAGCCCACAAUUUCUUUUCAGUCCUUUCAGAGUGAAAAUAUGAUGUAACACAUCAAGUAAAUUUGAACCACCAUUAUAUGUUAAAGUUAACUUAAUAAAGUGUUGGAAACUCUCA